CCAUUGAUCACCACUGUACAAACAACAACAGUAAAUGCAGUAGUCGAUCCUCAUCACCUUCAUCACCGCCAGUGUCCAUCAGCUGGCACCAGCUGACGGUAGAGGUCAACCAAUGGGCCUCAUCCUUUUCAAGCAAACUUUGGUGUUUGAAGAAGGAAAAGAAAACCAUCUUAAAUGCCAUCAACGGCCACUUCACCGCCGGCUCACUGAACGGCCUGCUAGGACCCAGCGGCGCCGGGAAGACCACUCUUUUGGAUGUGCUCAGCGGACGCUGGCCCCAGCUGUACAGCGGCAGUGUUCAGCUGUGGUACAAUGGUACCACCACCGCAAAUGGCCUUCACUCUUCCAAUGUCUUCUACAUUCGCCAGCACGUCCACGACUGUCUGGUGCUGGAGCUGACCGUCGGACAGUUGCUGCGCUACGCCUUCGCCUUCAAGAAUGACCUGAUCACUUCUGCCAAAAGCACGUCAUCUGUGGAGGAGCACAUUGAGGCGACUCUCUCUGCGCUGAACCUUCCAACUGAAGUCCUCAACAGACCACUGAAGAAGUGCAGCGGUGGUGAGGUGAAGAGGGUGGCCAUUGCUCAGGAGCUGAUGUCCCUCAAUCCGCCCGCCUAUCUUUUUCUUGAUGAACCGACCACUGGCUUGGACAGCGUUUCUGCCUUUGAG